AGAGAUGAAAUGAGAUGGUGUGGAGAAGAGACUUUCAAGUCCCUGGAAGAACACCUAGUUUGCUUGAAAGCCCCUUAAUCUAACAAGUUGGACAUACCUAUUAUUUUGUCAUUCAAUAAUUCAACUGGCAAUUACAUAGUGUGGAUAUACUGCUGCUGUGUUUAUGUGUGUGUGAGAGUGUGUUAGGGAGGGAGGGAUACAUAGAAGACACUGUUUUCUAAGAACUCAUGGUCUAGUAGAAAACAAUGAAGAAUAACAGAGGUAAAGAUAAAGGGCUGUGAAAAGGGAUGAUUAAUUCUGCCUCAGGAAGCCUGGGAAGACUUCACAUAAAUAGUAACAUUUGUUUGUUUUUGAGACACACUCUGCCUUUCUCACUGCAGCCUCCACCUUCCAGGUUCAAGUGAUCCUCCCACUUCAGCCUCAGGAGUAGCUGGAACAACAGGAACCACCAUGCCAGGCUAAUUUUCUGACUUUUUGUAGAGGCAAGGUCUCACUGUGUUGCCCAGGCUGAUGGCCAGCUCCUUGAGGCAAGCAAUCCUCCCGACUUGGCCUCUCAAAGUGCUGGAUUACAGGCGUGAGCCACCACGCCUGCCAUAAGUUAAGUGAGUUCCAAGAAGAAUAUUGCGUGGAUGCAGGAGCACAUCCUGGAUGUAGAGAUCUUGGCCAUAAUAUCAAGGGCUAUCAGUGAUAUGGACAUCAUACAUCCUCAUAAAGCAUGUAAAGGUGUUAGCUUUAAAAUCAUUCCUAGGUUGUCUGGAAUUUUUGACAUAAAUUCUAAGAAUUCCAGAAGCUCCUAAGCUACAUGUGAAAUCAAAAUGAACCUUUUGGAAAAGUCACUAUUACCAAAAGGUGAGGUAUGUCUAAUGAUAUCUUAAGAUCAAAAUAAAUGACAAUUACCCUCACUUGAAGCCAGAAAAGAUUAAACAGACUUCCCUUCAGUCAAUCAUCUUAGUUGUAUCUAACCCGGAAUAUAUGGUUUGAGCACCAUAUCCACUUUAUCCUUUGCUAAUAUUCUGGCAGGUGGAGACAAAUGUGGAGUCACUACCACUUUAAGGUAAACAUUCUUGGUAUUACCUUUAUGUGACUUGAUUAUUACGGGAGUUUGGUAAGAUUACAUUUUUAGGACGUUUUCAGAAUUUGACCUGUAUUCUUGAGUUUUAAUUAUUCUGUAAUGUAAAUUCUACUAACUUGAUUAAUAAAACUUAUUUAUAAUCUUCCUUUGAGAUUUUUGGAUAGUGUCCAAUUAAUACAAAUUCGUUCAACUACAGUGGAAAAUACUUAAACUUUUUUUUUUUUUUCUUUGAGACGGAGUCUCGCUCUGUCGCCCAGGCUGGAGUGCAAGUGGCAUGAUCUCGACUCCCUGUAAUCUCCACCUCCCAGGUUCAAGCGAUUCUCCUGCCUCAGCCUCCUGAGUACCUGAGAUUACAGGUACCGGCCACUACGCCCGGCUAAUUUUUGUAUUUUUAGUAGACACGGGGGUUUCACCAUGUUGGUCAGGCUUGUCUCGAACUCCUGACCUCGUGAUCCGCCCGCCUCGGCCUCCCAAAGUGCUGGGAUUACAGGCGUGAGCCACCGCGCCCGGCCCAAAUACUUAAACUCUUAAGAUUUUUGCUGGAGUUUGCAAACUCGUCUUUGUUUCCCCCGUGCCCGAACACUUUAAUUAAACAGGCAAAUAAUUAUUUGUUGACUACAGAAGUACCUAGAAGCUUCAUUUUCUUCUAAGAAUACUGCUGGAAGCAGCAAAUCCCAAAGCCCGAAUAAUCCAGUCUCCAGCCGAGGCAGCGGGAAUUUUUAAUAGGUGUAUAAAAUUACUUUUUAUACACCUUAAUGAAACGCCUAACGGUGUUACAAAAAAAGAAAAAAAAAAACCACACACACACACAACAAAAAACCCAAACCCGAACACAAACUCAUAAACCUCGUAAAGAUGACUCACGACAUUUAUAUGUUCUAUGUACAAAGGCUAAAGAACAUUAAGCGAACCCUUGAUUUAACACACUUUCCAAUUAUUAGUAACGUAAAGGAAUCACGGUACGUUUUAGGAUCUUUAAACAACAAAAGCAAAGCAAAAACAAUGUUUUCCUUAAGAUAUGCAAGCUACCUGCUUCUUCGACCAAAAACAAAAAAAUUUCAGGAGAAAAGCAGGCAAACAAAAAUCUUACUUGGAAAGCCAAAUCUUAAAAAGAAGCCCUAUCGGCCCAGCGGCGAUAGACGAAAACCUCAAUGUCACCCGGUCCCGGGCGGCGACGGCAGGGAGAGUAGCUGCGGCAAUCACUGCGCGCGCGGUCCGCUGCGGCGCCUGGCGCUCCGCGGCCGUCCGGGUGGACAGAGCCAGGGGCACAGGGCUGACAUCUCAGGGCUAAUUCCCUCCUCCAGUGCGUAAAUCCAGGCUUAAGCCGCCGCAGGGUGUGAGCCUCCCCUCCCCCACCCGAACGCCGCAGCUGCACGGGGCACGACAGCCUUCGCAGAGGUGCAGCCACACCCCGGCCUAACGCUGCUGCUCCCGCCGCUACUGGAGUGGUGGGGAGGGGUGAGUGGACUCCAGGAAUCCUCGGAAGGGCGGGGGCGGAGGCAGGGGGCCCCUCUAGCCGCUACUUCGAAACAGCACUCCUUGUUCUCGAUGGUCCCCGCGCGACUGUCUUAGCUCACGACACUUCCGGUUCCUUUUAAAGGCCCCCAAGGCUGUACAACGCGGAGCGUGAGAGGAAGGUAUAAAGGGUAGCGAGAGGGCGGGACCGAGGAGGAAAGGGAAAAAAAAAACUAGGGGGAUAGGGGUGGGGGGACGCGCGAAGGGCGCGCUCUCGCGUCACGUGACCGGGACGCGCCGUUCUUCCGUCGGCCAUUUUAGGUGGUCCGCGGCGGCGCCAUUAAAGCGAGGAGGAGGCAAGAGCGGCCGCCGCUGGUGCUUAUUCUUUUUUAGUGCAGCGGGAGAGAGCGGGAGUGUGCGCCGCGCGAGAGUGGGAGGCGAAGGGGGCAGGCCAGGGAGAGGCGCAGGAGCCUUUGCAGCCACGCGCGCGCCUUCCCUGUCUUGUGUGCUUCGCGAGGUAGAGCGGGCGCGCGGCAGCGGCGGGGAUUACUUUGCUGCUAGUUUCGGUUCGCGGCAGCGGCGGGUGUAGUCUCGGCGGCAGCGGCGGAGACACUAGCACUAUGUCGGAGGAGCAGUUCGGCGGGGACGGGGCGGCGGCAGCGGCAACGGCGGCGGUAGGCGGCUCGGCGGGCGAGCAGGAGGGAGCCAUGGUGGCGGCGACACAGGGGGCAGCGGCGGCGGCGGGAAGCGGAGCCGGGACCGGGGGCGGAACCGCGUCUGGAGGCACCGAAGGGGGCAGCGCAGAGUCGGAGGGGGCGAAGAUUGACGCCAGUAAGAACGAGGAGGAUGAAGGCCAUUCAAACUCCUCCCCACGACACUCUGAAGCAGCGACGGCACAGCGGGAAGAAUGGAAAAUGUUUAUAGGAGGCCUUAGCUGGGACACUACAAAGAAAGAUCUGAAGGACUACUUUUCCAAAUUUGGUGAAGUUGUAGACUGCACUCUGAAGUUAGAUCCUAUCACAGGGCGAUCAAGGGGUUUUGGCUUUGUGCUAUUUAAAGAAUCGGAGAGUGUAGAUAAGGUCAUGGAUCAAAAAGAACAUAAAUUGAAUGGGAAGGUGAUUGAUCCUAAAAGGGCCAAAGCCAUGAAAACAAAAGAGCCGGUUAAAAAAAUUUUUGUUGGUGGCCUUUCUCCAGAUACACCUGAAGAGAAAAUAAGGGAGUACUUUGGUGGUUUUGGUGAGGUGGAAUCCAUAGAGCUCCCCAUGGACAACAAGACCAAUAAGAGGCGUGGAUUCUGCUUUAUUACCUUUAAGGAAGAAGAACCAGUGAAGAAGAUAAUGGAAAAGAAAUACCACAAUGUUGGUCUUAGUAAAUGUGAAAUAAAAGUAGCCAUGUCGAAGGAGCAAUACCAGCAACAGCAACAGUGGGGAUCUAGAGGAGGAUUUGCAGGAAGAGCUCGUGGAAGAGGUGGUGGCCCCAGUCAAAACUGGAACCAGGGAUAUAGUAACUAUUGGAAUCAAGGCUAUGGCAACUAUGGAUAUAACAGCCAAGGUUACGGUGGUUAUGGAGGAUAUGACUACACUGGUUACAACAACUACUAUGGAUAUGGUGAUUAUAGCAACCAGCAGAGUGGUUAUGGGAAGGUAUCCAGGCGAGGUGGUCAUCAAAAUAGCUACAAACCAUACUAAAUUAUUCCAUUUGCAACUUAUCCCCAACAGGUGGUGAAGCAGUAUUUUCCAAUUUGAAGAUUCAUUUGAAGGUGGCUCCUGCCGCCUGCUAAUAGCAGUUCAAACUAAAUUUUUUGUAUCAAGUCCCUGAAUGGAAGUAUGACGUUGGGUCCCUCUGAAGUUUAAUUCUGAGUUCUCAUUAAAAGAAAUUUGCUUUCA